AUGCUAGUGCACCGGACGGCAACGCUCUUGGGCCUCGUCGCCGUGGCCGCCGCCGAGUACUUUACGGGCGAAGGCACGACGUACGGGCCGCCCGACGGUGGAGAUAGCGCGUUCACCGGCAACUGCGCGCUCAUGGCACCGCUCGACUUUGCACCAAAGUUCCACGCCGCGAUGAACAACUUCCAGUGGAACACGGGCGCGCCGUGUGGCCGCUGCGUGCAGGUCCAGUGCAUUGACCCGAAAUGCACGCGCAACGAUGUGGUGCUCGGCCAGAUCACGGAUCGGUGCCCCGAGUGCGCGCAUGGCGACCUCGACAUGUCGCUGCCCAUGUUCAACAAGGUCACGGGCCUCUACACGGACCGCCCAAAGAUCAAGUGGACCUUUGUCGACUGCCCCGUCACCGGCGGCCUUAAAGUGUGCGCCAAGUCCGGGUCGUCCCAGUUCUGGCUCUUUGUGCAGCCGAACAACGCAGUGAACGGCGUUCAAAAGAUGACGAUCAACGGCAAGGAGGCACCGCCGUUCGAUGGAUCGUGGUACUUCAAAUCCCAAGUGAACGGCGACCUGAGCACGACAGCAAUCACGAUGACGUCGUUCUCGGGCGAGACCAUUUCGACGACGUCCGUCAGAGCCUCCACCAGCCCCGGCACCAGCCCCGGCACCGACACCAGCUCCCACACCAGCUCCCACACCAGCUCCCACGCCUGCUCCGACGCCUGCGCCAACACCAGCGCCAACACCAGCACCGACGCCAGCUCCGACGCCUGCGCCAACACCAGCUCCCACGCCAGCACCGACGCCAGCACCGACGCCUGCUCCGACGGAGGCUCCGACGCCUGCUCCGACGGAGGCUCCGACGCCUGCACCAACGCCUGCUCCGACGGAAGCCCCGACGCCUGCGCCAACACCAGCACCGACGCCAGCACUGACGCCAGCACCGACGGAAGCCCCGACGCCAGCUACCACGCCAGCAUCGACGCCUGCGCCAACACCAGCUGCCACGGAAGUCCCAACGGACGCACCGACGACUGCGCCGACGCCAGCUCCCACAGAAGCACCAACGUCUGGACCGACACCUGUACCGAAACCUGCACCGACGUCCGCACCGACGCCAGCCUCAACGGAAGCACCGACGACGGCACCGACACCAGUUCCGGCACCUGCACCUACGCCUACACCGACGCCUGCCUCCACGCCUGGUCCUACGCCGGCUCUAACAGAUGCACCGACACCGGCACCUACGGACGCACCGAUGCCUUCGUCAACGCCAGCCCCGACCCAAGCUUCCACGCUUUCCCCAACGGAUGCUCCUACUCAAGUACCGACGGCUGUGUCGACGACGGCACCAACCACGGCACCAACCGAUCUACCGACGACUGAGCGUACACCGGCGUUAGUACCUACGGUUGGACCUUCGACCGUACCGGCCACGACACCGACGACUGAGCCAACGGUUG